AUGGGCGUCGUUCCCCGCGCCGUCGCCCCGCCGGUCGCGCGACGGACCGGCGGCGCCCUCCCGCCGCGGGCGCGUCCGUCGAAGCGUCAGGAGAAGGAGAACGUCGAACGCGCGGGGCGGAUCUCGCCGUCGUCGUCGUCGGACGACGACGACGAGCGCGUCGUGCCGAGUUUAAAGACGGACGACGACGCGGAGGAGGGCGACGUCCCGGAGGCGACGGCGACGGCGACGGCGACGGCGACGGACGACGGCGACGACGACGACGACGACGACGACGACGACGACGAGCUGACGGACGAGCAGCUCGAGCGCAGGCUCGAGGAUAUCCGACGCGCGCUCGCGGAGAACGACGACGACGACGACGACGACGACGACGACGACGACGAAGCGACGGAUCCGUCCGAGCGCCGCCCGCCGCGCUCGUCCGCGUCGCUCCUCGCCGCCGCGCCUCCCGGGGUGCGAACGCACGACCUGCUCAUCAUCGACGACGACGACGACGAGCGCAAGGCGUGGAACGACCAGGUCACGCGCGCGGAAGACGACGCCCUCGACGCGCUCAUCGCGAAGCUAGGCGCGGGCGUCGACGAUCUCGCGGCCGCCAGCUGUACCGCCGCCGCCGCCGCCGCCGAUGACGCCGCGCCGCCGCCGAAAUCGACGCUCGCGCCCCCCCGACCGAGCACCGCGAAGCUCCGCGACGACGCGGCCGCGCGCGACGCCGCGGCAAAGCGCGAGCGCGAGCGAACCGUGCGCGAGCUCCGCGAGUACCUCGACGCCGCGCGCGAGGCGCGGAGACGACGCGAGGCGGAGGACGCGGCGCGACGCGCCAAGGAGGCGAAAGACGCGCGCGAAGAGGCGGACGCGCGCGCGUUGACGACGGCGACCGCGACCGCGACGACGGUGCCGGACUUUCGGCGGUGGCGCGUCACGACGACGCCGGAGGAGCGCGCGGCGAGGGACCUCGACGCGGCGACGACGACGACGACGACGACGGCGGCGGCGGCGGACGAGGAGGAGGAUCCGCGCGUCGCCGCCGGGCUCGCGAGGAUCGCGCGCCUGGACGAGACGCUCCGGAAGAGAGACGCCGAGGCCGCGGUCGUCAAGCUGGAGACGCACGGGAUCGUCGCGCGGCGAUCGAAGAGGGACGGGCGAGCGAUGGAAGCGACCCCGGAGGAGGCGAGAGAACGCCGCGAACGCCGUCGGAUGAAAAAACUGGCGAGGUUGCGACGCGCGCUCCGCGGCGAGGGCGCGCGCGCGAUGGGCGGCGCCGCGGCGAAGAACGCGGAGAUGUGCGGUAAUAACGGCUGUCACGACGGGGAAGACGGAACGUCGACCGACGCGGACGCGCCGAUACACGCGCUCGCGCGGCGGUUCUUGCGGCUGUCCCCCGAGGAAGACGAGCUCGCGGAGAGGCUCAUCGCGGACUUCGAAGCCGCCGGGGGGUUCGACGACGUCGCGUCCGCGGCGACGUCCGCGGCGACCGGGUGGGGCGCGCCGUCGUCGAGGGAGGGCGGCGGCGGCGAGGGGGAAGGCGGUGCGGACGUCGCGUGGGCGCGGAGCGGGUUGGGGGGCGCGGGGGAGGAGGAGGAAGAGGAGAAUCCGUUCGUCGUCCCGGCGUCGCUGGCGUCUCUGGCGUCUCUGGCGUCGUCGUCGUCGUGGGACGUCGGCGAGGGCGGCGGCGGCGGCGACGGCGACGAGAACGACGUCGCCGCGAGGCUCGCGCGCAUCGACGGGCGGCUGACGUCGCUGCGCGGCGGCGCGACGGCGACGACGACGCGGUGGGUCGACGGCGGCGGCGGCGGCGACGACGGCGACGACGACGACGCGACGACGACGACGACGACGACGCGACGACCGGAGUCGCCGCCGCUCGCGGACGCGGCGUCGACGUCGUCCUCGACGGCGACGGCGACGGCGAGCUACCUCGAGUCCAAGCGCGAGACGAGAAGGCUCGUCGAGAUGGAAGAGCGGCUCGACGCGCGUCUUCGUCGGCUGCGAACGGAGGCGCCGUCGCGCGACCGUCCGGACGCGGGGACGAUGGAGGCGUUGCUCGCGGAGGCGCGCGCGGCGGCGGCGCGCGACGACGGCGGCGGCGGCGGCGGGGGAGAGGCGCGCGAACGACGCGACGAGCUCGUCGCAGUCAGCAGAGCCGCAGCGUGA